AUGGAGAAGCGGCGGGAACACGAGGCUGCCCUUUCCCCCCAAGUUCCCAGCACAUCUCUUAUCUCUGUUUCACACUUCACCCCUGGCCCCUCUUCCUUCCUUGUGCUUGAAAAGGCCCUCUGGCUGGAAAGCCCCCUGGCUUCUUGGCCUCCCUGUCCACCUUCGGGAAAAUACACGUGUUCUGGGCCCCACCUUACCCUUUCCCAAGUGCAGGUCCCCAGCAUCAGGCUCCAACCUCAAAACAGGAAGCCCCAGGCCAGUGCCCCAUGGGCAGGCAGUGGGUGUGGGGUGAAGCGAAGGUUUCCUGGAGGCCCCCCCAGCGCCUGUCCCAGGGCCCUGCCCAGAGCUGCUGGCCUUCAUUAGCCCCUCACACUUAUCUGGGAAGCACAGCAGGCAGCCGCACCUCCCCAGCCCUCCUCCCAGCCUGGCCUGAGCCCAGCAGCACUAUGGGGAACUGCCUGCACCCGGUACCUGUGGCUGAUGACAACUCAACACAGUUGGCCUUUGGGGACGACAUUUGGGAUGCCUUUAAUGAGAACGACUUUAAUGAGUCCUACGAACUGGACUAUAGUGACAGCAACCUGCAGGCCGCUGCCCCGUGCCGCUCCUGUACCCUGCUCGACGCCUCCUCCCUUCCCUUCUUCAUCCUCGCCAGCGUCCUGGGCAUCCUGGCGGGCGGAGCUGUCCUCUUCGCACUCCUCAGACCUCUCUUCCACUGGCAGCGCUGCCCCGAACGGCCCAUGCUGGUCCCGCUGGCUGUGGGCAGUGCCCUCUUCAGCAUCGUGGUGCCCAUCCUGGCACCAGGGCCGCAUGGUGCUCACAACACAGCCGUGUGCCACCUGGCCUACCUGGUCUGGUACAGCUCAGCCUUUGCCCAGGCUCUGCUGAUAGGCUGCCAGGCGUGCCUGGGCCCCCAGCUGCACGCAGGCUGGGCCCCCGGCCUCACCCAACGCCUCACCGUGGGACUCUGGGGAGUGGCUGCCCUAUUGGCACUGCCAAUCACCUUGGCCAGUGACACUUCCCAGGGCCUCUGCACUCUGACCUUCAGCAGGGGCCAAGGGGCUUUGCAGCUCGUGCACGUGGUUGUCUGCUUUGUGGCCUUCGUCUUGUUGCCCCUGGGAUUGUUGGGUGUCAAGGGGGUGAAGAAGGCGCUGGGCAGGGGGCAGUGUCCCUGGGUUAGUAUCUUGUGGGUCUGGUUCAUUUUCUGGUGGCCUCACGGGGCGGCUCUGGGAUUAGACUACCUAGUGAGGUCCAAGGUCUUGGCACUGUCUACGUGUCUGGCCCAGCAGGCCCUGGACCUGCUGCUGCAGCUGGCAGAAGCCCUGGCUGUACUGCACUGCGUGGCCACGCCUCUGCUCGUAGCCCUGUUCUGCCGUCAGGCCUCUGGGCCUUCCUUGCCCUCCCUUUUUCUCUCAGAAAGACAGCCUUCUCAUUCGGACACCCUUGGAAGCAAGUCCUAGCUGCCUUCCCACCUGUCAACCUGAAUUAAACUCUCUGCUGUUUUUAUGAA